UGUGAGCUGUCUGUAAUAGUGGGUGGACCAGCCAGGACACCAUGUUGUCUUAGCCCCAGCAUCCGUGUUCAUGGUACUGUUAAUGUUACUUUGCAGUCUUUGCUGCAUGUUAAUAUUAUUGAAGCUUUUUGUUACUGUUGUUGGAAUUCCUAACUCUCAUAUUAGCAACACUUGCAAGAUUUUAGCAACCUUCAUGAGACUGGUAAAUCGCAAUUAUAUUGGAAAAAUUGGAAAAAAUAAAUGUAUUAUAGGGCGGCACGGUGGUCUAGUGGUUAGCGCGCAGACCUCACAGCUAGGAGACCAGGGUUCAAUUCCACCCUCGGCCCUCACCCAUCUCUGUGGUUUCCUCCCACAUUCCAAAAACAUGCUAGGUUAAUUGGCGACUCCAAAUUGUCCAUAGGUAUGAAUGUGAGUGUGAAUGGUUGUUUGUCUAUAUGUGCCCUGUGAUUGGCUGGCGACCAGUCCAGGGUGUACCUCGCCUCACGCCCGAAGACAGCUGGGAUAGGCUCCAGCACAGGAAAAAGCGGUAGAAAAUGAAUGAACAAUAUGUAUUAUAGGACUACUGCAAGUCUCAAAAGACAAGUGACUUCCAAAAAAAUCUACUCUGAUCGGAAAAAAAAGUGAUUGAUCGUUAGAGCUGACUGUUUUAACACAUUGACCAGCUCCUCUCUCCUCGACUACCAUCGCUCGCCCACGACAGGAAGCCAACAAGCCAAAUAGAGUUGUGGUUUGCUCACAGAGCAGAUGCCACAAGCCCAACCCCAAAGUGCAGCCCACGAGUAUUUUUCAUUGCAUCACUGCAGAAAGUAAAUUAAAAUUAAAUUACAAUUACUGAAAUAUUCACGCAAACAACCAGUAAAAACAAAGAUUAGUCUUUGAAGACAAAUCACUUUUUACUGUUUUACAUACAGUAUGUACAGUAACUAUUAUGUGAUUUUGUCUACAAUAUGUACACGGUGGUUUCUCAGUGUGGAACUGACCAGAUUUCUGCUCUGAUGGGAAUCUGCACAGUUUGGGUUUGUGUGAGGAAGCUGUGUGGUUGUCGGCUGACAGAUAAUAAAACACUUCCUUUUCUGAGAACCUUCAGAAAGCUCAACAAUCCUCUUCACGGCCGACUUCAUUCCUCUUCAUGCAGAGUUAUAAGUGUGCUUUGUGUGUGACCUACUGUAUAUCGGUGAGUUUACUGUAUACUUAUUUACAGCACAGCAUUCAAUUUACAUUACAGGAUAUUUUAGGAUAGUAAUGAUGACUAUAUAUUUUUAAAUCAUAUUGCAGGCUUUAUUUACCCCUUUGGAAUUAGUUUAUAAUAUUGACUCCUUGUUAUUUUUGUGGCCAUUGAUUGUACUGGAAAAAGUGAAAUGUAGCUAUUUGAUCAUAUUAGGUUUUUUAAAUAUUUGUAGUUUGUUUUUUAUUUACCAUUAUUAAAAAUUUAUUAUGCAGAAAAUGAUUAAUCAGAUGAUGAUGUGUGUUACUAUCAAAACUUACUUCUGUUCUUUUGGCAAAUUAGUUUUGUACAAGUUAAGAAUUUAAGUGGAAAGAAAUAUUAAUAUUUAUAUUUUAAAUAUUUUGUCCCUCCAAGUUAAAUGCGGGGUGUGCAUUUGACCCUAAAAUCACAGCACAGCUGUGUGAAUGCGCAGAAAUUAAGCAGUUAAGCCACUGUUGUUACACUGUAAUUAGCAGUCUUCUCAUACUGUAUAAUGUAAUAUUUACCCUUAAUUUACCCUAAUACACAAACACGGGCUACAUAUUAGUACAACAGGCUGUCAAAAUGAUUUUCCUGCCUUCCUCUGGUCAAGAACUGUCUGAUCGAAUUAAGUUCUCAAAGGUGGUCAGAAAUGAAUCUAGCAAAUGAUCUCGAUACUGGAAUAUGUCUGUCGACAUUAAUGUUAUGCGGGUUUUCUUUCCCUCCAGCAUGAUGCCUCGUUCUUUCUUAGUAAAACGAGGAGGGUUACAGACCCUUCAGUCAGAACAGAGUACUGGAAUGAUUGCUGUUGAAAAAGAGAAGGUGCCCUGGUGCGUACCCCUGGAGGAUGCCACUUCAGACACACAGGAUAUUGGCACAGUCAUCGUCGAAUCGCUGCACAAGUUUCCUGAGUGUACUUCUACUGAUCCCUGCAGUUGUGACCACCCAGGUGUGCCUAAUGCCACUAUGUGGUCCAGAUCGGAUAUGAGUCCAGAAAGGAAAAUCUCAUCAGAACUGGAAGUCUUACACCAGUACUUCCAGGUCAAUUCCAAGAAAACUUCUCCCAAUCAGGAGUGUCCACUGUGUGGCAAAAUAUUUACACAUGUGUCCAGUUUCAAGAGACACAUAUUCAAGUGCCAUGGAAUCGGGGCCCCAGCACAGAACCGGUCCUACACAACAGAUAGUGAUUCACGCAGGGGCAAGGAAAGGGCGUUUGGCUGCACAGUGUGUGGGAAAACAUUCAAGCGCUCAUCCACCCUGUCCACUCAUCUACUCAUCCAUUCUGACACUCGGCCCUACGCAUGCCAGUACUGCAGCAAACGCUUUCACCAGAAGUCUGACAUGAAGAAGCACACCUUCAUACACACAGGUGAAAAGCCCCAUGUGUGUCAUGUAUGCGGGAAAGGCUUCAGCCAAAGCUCCAACCUCAUCACUCACAGUCGCAAGCACAAGGGCAACUGGCCACACCGCUGUACUCGCUGUCUCAACAGCUUCCAGGACCGAGUGGACCUGUGGCAACACCAGUGUGCCCACCGCUAACACACGCAGACAGGCACCAUAUUCCGAGACUACGGAGACAUACGGCAGCUGACGAUAUUUCCUUUCAGACAUCUUGUAUAGUGGAGUUACUGUCUUUUGAAGCAGUUGAGCCAUAAUACAUAGCAAAUAUUCACCAGGAGAGCUCAGAGGAUAAGCGGUAGAAAAUUAAUGAAUUAAUAUUUUAACAUUACUUUAACUACAAUGCCAAAAUACAGUAUAUACCUGGACAAACAGACUUUUUAAAAAUUGAAUUUAGUCACAAAUCAAAUUUUGAAAUAUGUUCCACACCAGGAGAGCUCAGAGAAUAAGCGGUAGAAAAUUAAUGAAUUCAUAUUUUAACGUUACUUUAACUACAAUGACAAAAUACAGUAUAUACCUGGACAAACAGGCUUUUUAAAAAUUGAAUUUAGUCACAAAUCAAAUUUUGAAAUAUGUUCCAACUUUGCAUGCCUACUGUCAAACUUAUUUCCCCAAAUUGAAACAAAAACUAAAAAUGGUAAAGGUUAAAAUAAUGUGUUACCGUGCAAUAAUGCAAAGACACAUUUAAAAUCGAUUGCAGUAGAUUAGUUUUGUGCUAAGGCAAAAAAUAACUACAUUUCCCAUAAUGCCAAUUGUAGUGGCAGGAAGUAGUGAACAUGUUUUGAUGCGACAAAUCUUAAGUUUGAUCAAAUGUAGAAUUUCUGCUUGGACAUUAACACUGUGGAAGCUGUUGAACUAUUGAGUGCCAAUACCAUAUUACGUGUAUUAUCUUUCACAGUAGUGACAGACUUCUAGCUGCCUUGUUCUUGGGAGACAGAUUCUCUUGUUUGGAUCUCAAAACAUCCAUAAAUAAUAAGCAGAUUUUUUGGAAUAAGUGGUUAGUCUUAGUAACAUGUAUGAGGUAUAAUUCUAGUUAAAUGGGGUGAUUAAAGUACUGCUAAGACAAUAUACGUAUAAUGGUGGCUAAAGACUUAUACUCUGUAUUGAACAAUACAGACUUGUGGAACAUAAAUGGGGUGAGGACUCCAUUUGGUACCCAUUUUGUACUUUUUUGGUUUGGUAGAUUUCAUCACCUGUGUUAUAUUUCUCAACAAACAUGAGGAAGCUGGAGUCUGUUUGCUUUACCUGAAUUGUUGUGUGCUUUAGCUCAGAGCUUGUGGCGCCAUAUGAGGACUGGAACACAAAUAUGAAUGAAAUCUUCAAGAAUAAACACUCUUAAUGCAUAAAUAAUCUUCAAACUUAUUUGUUGAUGUGAUGCACACAGAGCAAUGAACAACUUUAUGCUGUGUCUUUUUCGUGCUCCCUUUUCCUUGUACCGUGGGGCAUUCAAGUGCGAAUAGUUUUUCAUUUAUUACUCAUCUACCCCCAUGACAAUUGGGGUACCCCACUUUGGGAACAUCAUCAGUUUUGACAUUGGGAUAUUUGAUCAGUCAGGGUGCACUCCAUCUUUGUCCUAUAAGUCGUAACACCCAGGAUAGGCUCCAGCUUCCUCAUGAAGAUGAUAAACAGUAUAUAAAAACCUUAAGACAUUAUUUUCUGACGUUUACAGUCAAUAAAAAUGAAAAUAAAAUGUUUUUUCAUCAUUUUCAACAAGGACAAAUUUGUAGGUUUUUCUUUGCACCAAGUUUAUUGAGUGUCAAGAAGGGAUUUCUCCAUUGCCAUGUUUUCACUCCUAAAAGCCUCCAUUGGUUUUGUACCACUGAGCUCUGGCCACAACAUCACUGGAAUAGUCGUCACCAGUGGUGCCCUUAUCCAUUCCACCCAAAGUUUGCACGUUUUUGGUCCCAAAGUUGUAGGAGGCUAUCCCGCCUGUGAGAGUUAAAGUAGAAAUGAGGAAAAAGUUGUGUUGAUACUGUAUAUGUACUGUAAAUUGACAAACAAACCUUUGAGUUGCUGUUCUGCAGUCCAGUUAGGAAAUUUGUUUUUAAUUUCCUUUAUAUAACCAAUCAAGAUCUCUGUGCCUUGACGGAGGUGUUCCGCGCUGUUCCAUGCACCUUGUAUCGUAUGAUACCGCUUAUCAACCUGGGAAGAUUAGAAAGUAAGAAAAGGUUUUCUAUUGGGUUCCUGUUUAUUUACUCAACUGUAGAGAUUAGGUCAGGUGUUUGAAGGAGUCAUGUUCCAUUCAUUGAUUGGUUGACAGAGAAUUAGUACUUGGUAAUUCAUUCAUUCAUUCAUUUUCUACCGCUUAUCCUCAAGAGGGUCGGUGGUGCUGGAGCCUAUCCCAACUGUCUUCGGGCGAGAGUCGGGGUACACCCUGGACAUUUAGACAAACAACCAUUCACACUCACAUUCAUACUUAUGGACAAUUUGGAGUCGCCAAUUAACCUGUUUCCAUGUUUUUGGAAUGUGGGAGGAAACCGGAGUACCCGGAGAAAACCCACACAUGCACGGGGAGAACAUGCAAACUCCACACAGAGAUGGCCGAGGGCGGUACUUGGUAAUGUGUUACAAAUUUUGUUCACAAAAUUCAAGACUGAGAAUGGACAUAUAAUCCAGAAAGGCAAGCUAUUCAACUACAUAAUAGCAUUCAGAAAAACAGGCUGAAUCUGUGUUAUUAACGUCACACAUUAACACUAAUUCAGCUACACAAUAGCAUAAUGAACAUACCCGGAUGGCUGAAUAAGCUAAAUUAACAUAACAAGCCAACUAGUCCAACAAGCAAAUUACCAGUAAGAAAGUUCAC